ACUAUCUUUGUCAGGAUUAACAGCUGGGUGUAACUCGACAAAAAAGUUGCCUCAAUGACAUUUUCUACAGGGAUGGCAGUGUGACUGUGAGACAAGCUAGCUGUUGUUUUAAGUGUUUUUUCACCGCUGUGCCAUGGAUUUUAAUGUUAAGCGGUUAGCCGCAGAUGCCGGUACUUUCCUGAGUCGAGCGGUGCAAUUUACAGAAGAGAAAUUUGGCCAGGCUGAAAAGACAGAGUUGGACGCCCAUUUGGAGAACCUUUUGGUCAGAGCUGAGAACACCAAACAAUGGACAGAAAGGAUUAUGAAGCAGACAGAAGUCUUACUACAGCCCAACCCAAACGUCCGGCUAGAAGAAUUUGUGUAUGAGAAACUGGAGAAAAAAGCCCCUACGCGAAUGAACAACCAUGAGCUACUGGGCCAGUCUAUGAUGGACUCUGGAACUGAAUUUGGUCCUGGAACUGCCUAUGGAAACGCUCUGAUAAAAUGUGGUGAGACAGAGAAGCAGAUUGGAGGGGCAGAGCGGGAGUUUAUCCAAAGUUCUGCCAUCAACUUCCUGACACCUUUCAGAAACUUCCUUGAGGGCGACUUCAAAACCAUCCUGAAAGAGCGGAAGCUACUGCAGGUCAAACGUCUGGAUUUGGAUGCAGCCAAAACCAGGCUAAAGAAAGCCAGGAUGGCUGAUGCUAGAGCUGCAGCAGAGCAGGAGUUGAGGAUGACCCAGAGUGAGUUUGACCGUCAGGCAGAGAUCACCCGACUAUUGCUAGAAGGCGUCAGCAGCACCCACGCGCACCACCUACGCUGUUUGAAUGACUUUGUGGAGGCCCAGACUACGUACUACGCACAGUGUUACCAGUACAUGGUGGACCUCCAAAAGCAGCUGGGCAGUUUCCCCUCGUCAUUCUCCAACAACAACCAGUCAUCGGUGGCGGCUGGCGCCAGCAUCUCGGUGCCCACCAUUCCGGUGUCGGCCUCCCUGCCCAGUGUGUCCGCGGGCCACGGCAGCGCAGCGGCAUCGGGCGGAUUCAACGAAUUGCGUAGCUCCAACGGCAGCCGCAAAGCCCGAGUGCUUUACGACUACGACGCCGCCAGCAGCAGUGAGCUUUCCCUGCUGGCUGACGAGGUGAUCACCGUCAGCAGCGUCCCAGGCAUGGAUUCAGACUGGCUGAUGGGUGAGCGAGGCAACCAGAAGGGCAAAGUGCCAAUCACUUAUCUGGAGCUGCUUAACUGAGACCCACGAACGCCCCACCAGCCCGCUGUAACCAGCUGUGAUCUCAUAUUUAUAUUGUGUUGCAGGGACAGGCCUCGCUUCCUCUUCCAUUCAGUCAUUUUUAGAAUGAAAAGGAGUCUCAGUUUCAGCAGACUCGAGCUGGAAUGAAUAAAUGUGAGUGAAGGAAAUGGACCCCAAUCCCUGAUGUGUUUGUAUGCAACUGCAGUAUACUUUCCAAAACCUGCUUCCUUGCCUUUGUGUUUGAUGCCAUGCAAUCUGCAAUAUGUGCCAGAACAUCUCCCAAACUGUAACUAUAAAAAAAAAAGUUUUUGUUUACAACAUCUCAGAUGGUGACCUAAAUGCUUUUGAUGUGAGGUUUUCUUCCCUCUUCCCUCACUAAUUCAACUUCUUUUCAUGACACAUGUUUUAAAAUUGAAAGAAUCCACUUUAGUGGAGACUGAUGCUGAUUUUUUUUAAGUCUUAUUUUAUAAUUGAUUAUCUUAUGGUGCAGUAGCUGUUAUGAUUACCCUCUAUGAAUAUUUGUUUUUAACAGCGCCACAUGUGUUGUGUGUCAGCUUUAUUCACACGGAGCCUUACAGGACAGUGAGUUAAACACAUUGUUCCUGCACAUUUGAUUCAUGAUCGAGGUGGAAUAAGAGAAGUUGUAACCUGCUGAUGCCCUUGCAGUUAUACACAUGAUGCCAGACGUUAAGUGCCUGUCACAGUGAAUCAGCCUUUCUGAAAACCUUUUUUGCAGCUACACCAGUAUUUAGACUGUGAGUUCAGUCUCUCCUCUUAGUAUUGAAUCUUGAUGGUUCUAUUUAAGUUAAUGGAAACUGAAACCCAGCACAAGUUCAACCAGAUGACAUCUGUUAUCUAUGAUUAAAUUAUUAAUCUGUGUCUUGUUCAUUAAUGCACAGUUUAUAUGUUUAUAGUCUCUGGUGUGGAAAUAAAUGCCAUAAAGUAAAGACUUUUUUUGACAUUACCAGCAUGCCUCACUAUUUCCCCCUAAGCCUGCAUUUCAUCUCCACAUUGAAAAAAGAAAAAAAAGUCUUGUUACGAGCUGGGAGAUUAAUGUAUAUUACUACAUGGCUGCUUUCUGUUUUGUGUGUAACUGAUAAAAUAGCUUACUAUUGUAAAAUAAAUAUACAGUAUAAUGCAUUGAAAUAAAAUAAUAC